AUGUCCACCAAUAACGGCGCAGCCUUUGCGAGCUUGGCCAAAACGGUCUGCAGAGGCCGUUCCUGGCGAAUGGUACCUUUGAGAGUUUCAUAUCCAUCAAUCAAUGACAAUAAUGUGUUGGAUGAAGCAGACAAGAAGGGUGAUGGCGCCGACCGUGGCUCAGAUCACGGGUUUAAAUUCUGCCCCUGGUUCAUAGACCGUCUUUAUGACCCCGAGACCAACCAAUGA